AUGGCUUCUACGCCUCCAAACGGCCUCGAGCUGGAUACGUCAGACGUCGCGACACCGUGUACAAUUAUCGACGCAACAAAAAGACUCCGAAUCCACGGAGAUCACGGCUACGACCAUCGAGAGCCAGGUGAUCUUUUAGAACUGAUUUCAAUUGAAACUAUUUUUGCUGAAAUGCGAUUUGCAGACGACUGCGACUUGCGGUCAGACGUCAGUGAGCAGUUUUCGCAAACCUCCGACGCCACGACGACUGUGAAGCAGCCGUUUCCUCAGACAUCCACGAAAGUAAGCUUUUUCUCCAACUAUUCUUUUAUUUUCUCUCAAUAUGUUUUUGAAUGAAAACCUCGAAUUUUAAUAUGAUUAUAAAAUCUUUCCUAAAAACGUUCUUUGGUGAGAUUCAACCGUAUUAUUUAAUGCAUUUGUGUAUUUCCUGUUCUGAGUGGAAUUGAAGUUCCUGGUUGAUAGUUUGUGACGACAGACGUCAACUUCAAGAAAAAAAAACUGUCUUUUGUAAAAAACUUAUUAGUGAAUGUAUAUUUUUUAACAAAAUUUGAAACUUUAGUUUCAAUGAUUUUCUCUUUUUGUUACAUUUUCGUUAUCAGUUUGCUUUGAAUGAUAUUAAUUGAAUAUUAAAUUUGUGAGAAAUAAAGUUCUCCUUUUUCUCUCAGUUUUAUCAAGUUUUCAGUUGGAUUUCGUUGAAUUUCGUUGAAUUUUCAAUGCUCUCAACAUAUCAUUUUUCUAUUUUAAGUUUUCAAUAUUUUGAGGAAUUUGUUCUCUUAAGGUCUAUUACCACAUCGAUGACGAGACGACGCCUUACCUGACGGAGGUACAUGUUCCGCCGGAUUUCAUCACUCUGGGCGACGUCAAGCGCGUUCUCAUGCGCUCCAACUUCAAAUAUUAUUGCAAAGCCGUGGAUCCUGACUCUGGCUAGUAAGUAUUCUGCGGAUAUUCUCCAAAACCCUUCAUUUUACAGCGAAGUCAAGGCGGAGAUGCGCGACGACAUGCAGAAGCUGUCGCGUUCCCCGAACGGUCGCUUCGAACUUUUUCUCCUCACCACCGAAGGCUCCACCCAUUCCGACGGCAGCAGUGGCCUCAGAAUGCCUCGACAUCAUAUUGUCCGUUUUCCUUCUUCUGUUUCAACUUUUAAAAUCAAUCAAAUGUUUCAUUUUUUGAUAGUUUCUCGAAACUUUUUUCCUCUCUCAAAAUCAAAGAGAGGAACAUUGUUUUUUAUCCUUUAAAACAAUUUUUCGCCUUCCUAGAUUUAGACGAUCAAAGAAAAAAUAAAAGGAAAUUAAAAAACAAUUGAUGAUCCUGGAAGUUAACGUUUUUUGAUCGGAUUUUCCCUUUUCUUUGAUUUUCGUUGUCGAGGAAAGCUAUCUCGUAACUUUAAUAGAUUCAUUUCAUUAUUUGAAACAAAAAAAUGGAAAUACAAGAAUUUUUUUCGAAUUUAUUCAAAAUUUUUGGGAAAUAAAGUCGCUUCCAAAGUAAUUUUUAGGAUCGAUCAAAGCCCAGUUCUUAGAAAACGCCCAGAUCUAUUUCCGAACAUUUUUCUUUAUUUUCGAUCAAAAUAUAUCUGAAGAAAUUUUUUUUUCUUUGAUAUUUUUUGUCAAAAACUCUUUGUUCUGAGAAAAUCGAACUUCGAUUUUAGGGCUUCCAAGGACCUUCUGAAAUUUAAUUUGGGUUUCACAGGUGCCGGGUCCUGCUCCCAACAAUAUGUACCUAAUGAACCACAACCUCUACCGACAAGCCGCCAACCAAUUCGACAAUACCAGUUCGUAUUUUAAUCAACUUCUUCUAAGUUGAACUUUGGCUUGAUUGUGGAAUUCAGUGAUGAGCACGGAUUCGGAGUCGAUGGUUUCGGCGCAGAUGACCAACUACGUCAAACCAGGUUACAAUAACCGGCGACAGUUUCAACAAGCCUACAUGGGCGGUCAGUUUGUUUUCGUUUAA